UCUUGCCUUUUGGCAGGACGACGGAGGCGCUCUCACGUCUCGGUCCUCCCCCGAGGCGCCGUUCAAGCGGUGGUUGGGGGUUGUGGUCCUGGUGCGUUCUGGUGGGUGGCGGUGGCCGUGCUCGGCUCCUCCCCUGAUUGCCGGUGUUGGUCCUUUCACAACUUUCAGCAGCUCCUCGCCUUGUUUGCUAGUUGGUUGCCGGCCGGUGGUGGGUGUCCGCCUGUUCGCACGGUCUGGACAAAGGGGAGAUAGUUGUCUUCCCUCCGGCAGUGGCCCGAGGCGGCAGGCGGCGGAGUUGAUGUUUUUGUUCAAGCGGUCUGGCUCUUCAUAUCCAUGCCAAUUGAUGUCGUCAGGUGGCUUCGGCCCUGUUGUUCUGGCUGCGCGAGACCUCCGGCGGCUCGAUCGCGAUUUCUCCUGGUGCUUUGUUCGCUGCUGCCCCUGAGUGUAGUGAAUUUGGCUUGUAAUUUUUCAGUUUUUGGCAAGUCUUUGCCUUUGUCAUCAGCACCACUAUAUCCAAGCUGUUUGAUGGCUUCAUUAAUUUGAAGUGGGACCUUCGUGCCUUUUCUCUCCAAAAAAAUUCCCUCACAUUCCAUUCCCUCACAUUUCGAAUAAAAAUUUCCCUCAGUUGCAGAAAGGCAUUGAGCUUCUGCAGGUAUGGGUUUACACCUUGUCAGUAGUACUUUUAGUAUGAUUCUGCAUUACUUGACUACAUUUUUUUUACAAAACCACCGGUUUAAUUUAGCAUUAGUAAGGUAACCAUGUAUUCCUGGCGGGCAAGGAUCAGGAAUUUGAUAAAUGUGUAGUAGUGCUUGAUUGAAUGUAGAGCAUGCGUACUCACGGAUUUGUCUUCUGCUUGUGUGUUACCUAGGAUAAUGAUAGGCUUCUCCUACAACAAAGUGUGACUCAUUUUCUUUUGUCUGAUCUAAAUAGGAGGGAGUUUAACCAUUAUUCAAGCAAUUCUCGGUUAGGUGAACACUUAGUAUACAAUUCUAUUUGCUUGUCAACAUGCAACAUAUUUGAGGACUUAUUUGAUAGUAUUGCAAUAUGGUCGAAACUGUGUUACUUCUAAGAACUGAAUAUUUUUAGUUGAAAUACUAUGUAAACAUUGAAUAAUAAUGUUGGACGGGAACAUCUACUUAUUCGAAAGUAUGUCUUUUGUGGCUUAAGCAUAAUAUUCCAAAAUUCACCGAGUUUUAUGCAACAAUACGGGUAUAUAUGUGCGAUUAGAACAAAAAUUAAAAAGCCCAUAGCAACGCACGGGCAUUCUACUAGUUAGCUAUAGUUGGUCACAUUUGGAAUAGUUUGCAGAAUCGGAAGCGUGUUGACAGUUUGCAGAAUUGGAAGCGUGUUGACAGUUUGCAGUAGUUGCCGGCUGGUGGCUACUUAUGUGUUUUCUGAGAAACGCAUGUGAAUAGCGUGACAGAUCGGUGGAAGACAAGUUCAAGCAGGCCUUGCAGAAGGCUUCCUCGGUUACAUCAUGUGCUGCAUGCAAGAUGCCAACUGCUCCCUGGGCUACAAGUUUCUUGCUCUGUACCUUGGUAAGUAGUCUGCUGUCAUGACGCAACAAGGAAACAAUUGCUCCUUGUUCUGUCAUAAAUUAUAUUCUAAAAGGAUUACCAGUGUAUUAGUGAUUCAAGUUUAAUCUUUGGCAAUUUAGUCUGAAGUGUUUGGAAUUAAACGUUCAGCUUUUUGUUACAAUAUCAUUCACGUAAUUCAUUGAAUUUUGAGCUCCUACCAACUACCGCCACAUCCAAUUCUCAGCUAGAAUGAACAUUUGCUAAUACAAACUAAAGUUAGUAACUUAUUAGCAUACAUACGGGAGAUAUACUUGCUGACAAUGUUUCUGUGUGCUGCUCCUGGCCAUUAUAUGCAUCCACAGUUCCACACAAUUCAAGUUUAUAUUCUGGAUGGAUGUUGAUCCACCAACCUGAUAGUAAUGGACUCGAUGUGUAUUCGUGCUUUAUUACAUUAACAUAUGCAAGUUGAUUCUUGCGUACCUGCUGUCUGAACCUGUCUAAGUGUUGCCUGUUGCAAAAAUCUUCCUUUGCUGCAAAUAUUGCCAUUGCCCUCCCCAUUCUCCAGGGUCAGGCUGAGUCAAUGCUAUUUGUGAUCCAUAUGGCGGGUUUCAGCUUAUCAACUUGACAGAUUGUCGCAACCAAUCCCGCUGGCAACCGCUAGCACCCUCCCUGACACCCACACAACAAGGUAAGUUGCGGCCUCCUCUGCCAGUUAUGACCCCUCCUCUCUCUUUAUCGUGAUGUUGUUAGAUUGAUUCAUCAUGAUAUGACAUUUUAACUAAGGAUUAGACAACAAUUAUUCUUCUAUAUGGAUUUUUUGGUGUAACUACAAUAUUUUACAAGAUGAAUCAUUCUUGCAUAGUAAUCUCAGGGCAUAUUUGUAUUUAGAUAAGUGUGUGUGUCCAGUUAAUAGUAAAAUUUGGUGUUUUUCUGUUCCUCUUUCUGCAGUUUUCUUGCUGCAUUGGUCAUGAUUUCUGUUGCUUUCUAACAUUUCAGUUUACAAAACUAUUACACAAGUAUGUAUAUGCCCCAUGUCCCAUGGACAUACAUGGAACUUCCCAUCUAUAUAGCAAAAUCUAUGUGUUUAUGUCAUUUUCAAUCUUGACAUAAAGAAUGCUCAAUACAUGAUCAAAAUAUUUUUAUGAAUUAGUGAAUUAAUAAGCUAGACUAUAAGGUGCUCAUCUGAAUUGCUUGAUCGGUUUCGGUAAACUUCAAAAUAAGAGUUGACAACAAAUUAUGUCCAUGUGUCGUAGAACACUUAUUUUGCAUGAAUAACCUUUAGUUUAUCAUGAGUUCUCAUGAUAGUGCCAACUCCAGUUUCUCCAAUUUUUUAGCCAAUCAGGAAGUAAUUAUAUAUUAGGUUGCACUGAUCAUUGACUUGUCGAGGAUGAAGUGGGAGGCGUCAUCUGCCCAAGCCAUCAGGUAGUCCUAUGCUUAGGUUUUUUUCCUUGGCAUUGGUACUAAUUAUGAUGAUCUCAGUGCCGACAAGCAGUUAUUGGGCUCUUCCCUCUGUUCGAAUGAUAAUUUCUUGAUUUGAAGUUUAGUAGUGCCACGGGCAGCUGACGUGACCUUCAUGUCCAUAACGGGGGUGAUAUAGUCAAUGGCUCUUUUCACUUGUUCAUUUCAUAAUAGCUAUGGAGUAAUGUGGUGCACACUAUACUCAAAUAGAUUGGAAAUUACUUGUAAUCUACAUUAACAUAUUGCUUCAGUGAUUAUCAGUGCGUGCUUUGCCAUGCCAGAUCUCUCUACGCCGAUGCUUGGUGUAGUGUAGCCCAAGGUGGAAGCGACUACUCACACAUCUCUCUACGCUUAUUCACAUGAAAUGUUAUUAAUAGUUGAUUUUCCUAUUGCCAUCUAUUAUUUGUUGUUUGUUUGUAGAUACCAAUACGAUGCGCCAAUUGUAGUUGUUGAGAGUGAGUGCAAUACUGAUAUACUAUGAUGUUGAAGAGGAUAUGUAUCUAAAAUGUUUACAAGAUAAAUGAAAACCAUUAUUUUUCAUGUGAUGUUGAUGUAUGGGGUAGGCACAAAUGGAAACUUUGCUAAAUCUGGAUUUUUUAGAUGGUUUAAUCUGAUUUAUAAUACUGUUCUUGAGCCAAAUAAAGUAAAUGAUCUUUUUACAUAGCUUCAGUUCUACUUGAUGAAUUUAUGUUAGUUGAGAAGCGCAUUGAAUAGGAUAUAUGACAUUAGAAUGUUGCUACAAAGUUUUCCUAUAAAGUUAUCAUAUUAGAUAUGAUGAAGUAACCAAUGUGCAUACAAAUAUCGAUCCACAUUUAUGAUUCAUUAUCCUUGUGUGAAAAUUCAUCCAUCUAUACUUCUUUAAAAGGGGAAACAAAUGUUGUGAUACAUUUGGUUGCAUUGAAAUGCUAAAAUUCGAGAGCUCAUAUAUUCGCAUGAGAAAGUAGUGGGUAAGAUGCCUAAAAUGCUGACGUGAUACAUGUAAGAGAGAAAUCCUAUGAUUUAGGCAAGUUUGUGAAGUGGUACAUCUCAUCAAGAUUAAACUUGCAAGUCCAUGGAUAUAAUUUCAAAUCAUUGCACAUGUAGAAUUACAAGUAGCUAUGUGUAGAUUGAAACUAUGUAUUAAAAUGAGACACCCCACGCUACUACUGAGUGACUGCCGCACCACCCACCACCAGAUCCACUCCCACCCCACCAAACUCAUCGUGAACACCCCACCCCUUGGUCGAACUCCUCUCCCCCACGAUCUGGUCGCUGCCACUACCACCCACGCUGGCAACCCACGCGUCCCUCUCCCCCGAUUCUCGAUUCAUCCUCGCGGAUCAGAUCUGGAUGACUGACUGACUGACGGACCGGUUUCUUGUCCUCGUGAUGGAUGUUGCUUUGCAGGUGGCUAGGGUCUCCGCCUUCAGCGUCGGCAUCCUCUACGGCUCUGUCAAGCUCGGCAUCCUCAAGAAAAUUCCAAAGGCCGUAGUGUAUCCAAGAAAAAAAAUCAGUGAUUUUGUGAAGCCACGAUGAGCUAGGGGUUGCACCGCAGGAGCAUAGCGUGUACAAGUACUAAACAUUGAAGAUUGCAUUGCAUCUCAUCAGUAUGCCUUACUUGCAAUCUUUGAAGCCUAUUAAAUUCGGAAGUGUUAUUUUUUCCUGUACAAGUUUGUUUGUGUCAAGUACUGCUAAUUUAUGUUUUUGAGGGGUGUUCAUAUACUUCCUCGGCAACAUGGGAAGCUUUCACAUUUGGUCUAGUUGUCUCUAUGGGUUAGCGACUUAGCAUGCAUGUUAUAAUCAGCUUUCACAUUUGCUUCUCUGACAAGUAAGGUCUGUUUUCAUUCAUUGGUACUCCCUCCAUUCGGAAUUACUUGUCGCGGAAAUGGAUGUAUCUAGAUGUAUUUUAGUUCUAGAUACAUCCAUUUUCGAGACAAGUAAUUUCGAACGGAGGGAGUAGAAGGUAGCGACAGAGUGGGAAGCUUUGUGCAGAGAUCUUACCUCAAGGUUAUCACGGAUGCGCACAAUAUGACACGGAAUUGGCAAAAAAUAGGGAGCUACAAUAUGAACUUUCAAAGGUUAAGACCUCACUGACUGCUUCAAUGAAGAGAUUUGAAGAGUUGCAAAAGUGGUCAUUUGUGAGUAGCAAUGCAUAAUGAAGGUUUUUGGCUCAUUUAUGGACUGCCUGAUCCGGAGGCUUUCGGGGCAAGCGUGCUCUAAGAACUCCGACCAGACGGACGGCUGCACCUCCAGCUCCAACAACGCCUACAUGGAGGAGGGCCACAGCCGCGCCGACAACCAUAAGAGGAAGGGGUCGUCGAGGAAAUGGUUGUGUGUGUGUGAGGAGUGCCAAAAGAGGGUGCCUCGGCCGCGUGAUACAGCUUGUACACACUACCGCAGAUCGAGCGGCUGGUUGUAACGGCUGGACAAGUAUGACGGGGCAGGCGCCAAGUCUCCUGUUCCGGUUCACCGACACGGAGGUCGCCAAGAUGGAGGAGGUCCUCCGUGACCUCAACGCCAUGCCCAAGCAUCAUGUCAUCCAGGGCCUCACCGACAAUUUGAACGCCUCCCCGGACCGCUCCGGCGACGGCAAGGUCCCUGUCCAGUACAAUCAGGUGAGGAAUUGGUUCCAGAACCGGAUGUCCGUGCAGUCCAGGAAGAUGAUGGUCCCCCCAGUGGCCGAGGAACACCACCCAGUGGCCGGAUCUUACUCAGGGAAUAGUUCUUCGGAUGGUGGCCAUGUCCAGUUUGAGGCAAAGUCAGCAAGAAAUGGCGCAUGGUACGAUGUUGCUGCCUUUAUGUCCCACAGGUUCAUUGAAACGAGGGACCCGGAAGUACUAGUUCGAUUUACUUGGCUUGGACCCGAGGAGGAUGAAUGGGUUGAUGUUUGUAAAUGUGUGAGAGUGCGUUCUCUUCAAUGUGUUGAUGUGCUGCCUGGGGAUCUCAUUAUGUGUUUUAAGGAAGGUAAAGAGCAGGCCCGCUAUUUUGAUGCACAUGUUCUUCAAGUUCAAAGGCGCAGGCAUGACGUAAGGGGGUGCCGCUGCAGGUUUCUUGUUUGUUAUGAUCAUGAUCACUCUGAGGAGUUUGUUCCACUGAGCAAUGUAUGCCGUCGAUCAGUGCACCAAAAAGCCCAAAAGCCGCACGAGAUGAUGGAUGUCAACACUGACAAGGUGACCGGGGGCGGGGUUCCCAUUCCAUCAGAUCAAGGAGGUCCGUCUGACAAGCCGGUUGCUCCCUUACUUGACUCGCCUACUAGCACUGGCAGCAAUUCAGUGGCAGAUGUUGAGGCGGGGGGUAUGGAGGCUACCCCAAAUGGUGAUGGUGCAGAUGAAGCACAUGGCGACAAGAUUGAUGUGGGAGCGUAGCUCUUUCACUUCCUUGUGAACUUUAGUCAAAAAGAUGUUCGCCUAAGACAAUCGAGAAAGGAUGUUUGGUUGCCCAGUAACUGUAAUGUGCCCAUGUUGACUGGAUUGAUUGUGUCGGAUUGGGUAUCUAUAUCUAUAUAGGUAUGUCGUCAGAGAAGAUAUUGUUGUGCUUCAGUCCAAUAAAAGUUUGGCAGUUGUGUCAUUCCCUGUAAAUAGAAUUAGCAAGGGGUAAUUUUAUCCCGCGGAAGGCCCUCCAAAUACAGGAUCCGUCUAUAUA